AUGUUCUCGUGGUUUCGAAAGAAGCCAAUACAAAGCCCAGAGCUAAAAGAAGCUGAGUCCGUUUUCAGCGAGGAAGAACUAAACUUAAUACAGAAGCAAUUUUGGGCAGAGAUUGCAAGGCAAGGCGGUGCGGGAUCAGGGCGCGCAGCCCACGCGCGGGAUGGCGCUCUGGACACCCGCCACUUGGGCUCCCUGCUGGGGCCCCCCUGGGGCUGUCUAGAGCCGCUGAUCGCCGCCCACCUGCAGCUGCUGCUGGCGGAUCGAGCCGACGGCAAGAUACACCUGUCCGGCCUCAUUAUUGCCAAGGCACGCGCUGAGCGGUUGGGGGAACGUACCGCCCUGAAGUUCUCGUACCGCCUGCUGACCGCGGACGGCACGGGUGCGGGGUAUAAGGCCCUGGAGGCGGCAGUACUGUCCUGCCUGCGCCUAAGUAGCGGAAGCAGCAACAGCAGUAAUGCGGGAGAUGUCCAGCAGCAUGUCGCGGCUGUGUGUCGGGGGGCGCUGCUGCAUGAGGCGUCGGCAACGCCGGCAACAGCUGCGGGACAUCAGGCAACUGCUGCCGCCACCAACCCCGAGGACGUACUGCUAUCGUUCGAUGAGUACUGCAAAUGGACGAGCAAAUGCCCAGCACUACACAAGGACCUCUGCAGCUUGCUACGUCGCAUCGGCAUGUCAGACACAGCAGGUACGGUCGCUACUGCCGGAGCACCAGCACCAGCUGCGGCGAACUGCGGCAGCAGCACCACCACCAGCAACAGCAACAGCGAACGCGCGACAGUUGCGGCGGCGGCGGCGGCGCCGCGAGGCUUGAAUGCGCUGCGACUCCCUGUCUUGCUACAGCUUGGCAAGGCCGCAGCCGGGUCCACUUUGCUACAGCCUGUGUGGACGUGGGUCCUGGCUAGCAGACUGCCUCCCGCCCAGCGCGUGGAGUGGCGGCUUCUGUUCACCUCUCAGAGAGACGGCAAGUCCUUCAGCACCUUCUUCGGCCGCCUCUCCGCCGCGCCCGGCCCCACCCUGCUGCUGCUCAGGGACGCAGAGGGAGCAUUGCUAGGGGGCUACGCCUCGCAGCCCUGGGCCAAGAGCGGCAUCUACUACGGCGACGUCUCGUCAUUCAUAUUCUCGCUGUUGCCCAUACUGCAGGUAUUUCCCGCCACGGGUGUCAAUGACAACUUCCAGUGGUGCGGAGUGGGCUUCAGCCAGCUGCCAGCCGGACUGGGUUUCGGAGGCGCGGCGGCCGCCCGGGGACACUUCGCCCUGUAUGUGGAACCCUCCCUGGACUCGGGCAUGAGCCGGCCUGUCGCCACGUACGGCAACACCCCGUUGGCUUCGGAGCAAAUUGACGCGGUGGAGUGCUGGCUGCUGCAGCCGCCCGAGGGGGAGCAGCAGCCGGGCGACACUGCUGGGGGCCGCCCAGGCGGGACAUGCAGCGCCGCAGGGACCGCGGGAGGAGGCGGUGGCGGCGGCAGCAUUCUCGGCAAGGCGGCUGAGGACAGGGCCAUUUUGGAGCUGGCGGGUCUCAAAAUGCACAGCGCGGGGCUGAGGGAUGAGCCGCUGGAGGAGUGA